UUACAUUGGCGUGCUUAGAGUGUUGUGGAAUGGAAGCCAUCACCCUCAUCUUCGUUGAAAAAAUAGGAAACGGAAACAGAAAAAUAAGGGAGAAAAGGCGAAGAAAACAGUAAUACAACAAACUCUAUCAUAUAUAUAUAUAGUCAUGGCAGAUGAGAGAGUAUAGUAUUAAACUGGGAAAUUCACAAGAGAGGGACACUUCAAUUGCUUAUAAAAUUUUCAAAUCAGUGAGAAGUCUUGAUCGCUGUCGCAAUCUGAUAGAAAAUGUUUUCCGGCGGUGGACGCGGCUGAGCACGGUGCCGAAGGAGAAGGAAAUUAUUAAUCAUGAAGAAAGGAAAGGGUAAGAAUAGCGGCUUGUUGCCAAAUUCACUGAGGAUAAUUUCUCUGUGCCUAAAGACUGUGUCAACGAAUGCCACCACAGUUGCUUCUACUGUGCGCUCCGCCGGCGCCUCGGUCGCCGCUUCAAUUUCGUCUUCCGAGGAUCACAAAGAUGAGGUAACCUGGGCUGGUUUUGAUACACUGGAACUUGAUCCAUCAAACUUCAAACGCGUUCUUUUACUUGGUUAUCUGAAUGGAUUUCAAGUUCUUGAUGUGGAAGAUGCCUCUGGAUUCAGUGAACUGGUCUCAAAGCGUGAUGGUCCAGUUUCCUUUCUACAGAUGCAGCCCUUCCCUAUCGGUGGUGAUGACCAGGAGGGACUCAGAAAGUCGCACCCUUUACUGUUGGUAGUUUCUGGGGAUGGUAAUAGCAAUGUUAACCGGAACAGUACUUGUUCGAGUGGUUUAGAAAGGGAUGACAACGUUGAGAUGCAUUCUGGAAACAAUGUCAACUUUUCAACAACUGUUCGGUUUUACUCCAUGAAGUCUCACUGUUAUGUUCGUGUUCUGAAGUUCCGUUCCACCGUGUGUAUGAUCAGAUGCAGUUCACGGAUAGUAGCAGUUGGUCUUGCCACACAAAUCCACUGCUUUGAUGCCGUAACUCUUCAGAAUAAGUUCAGUGUUCUCACUUAUCCUGUUCCUCAGUUAGCUGGAAAAGGAACAACUGGUGUUAAUGUUGGUUAUGGUCCCUUGGCUGUGGGUCCGAGGUGGUUGGCAUAUGCUUCUAACACCCCCCUUCCCUCUAAUUUAGGUUGCUUAAGCCCUCAAAACAUCAGUGCUUCAGCAGGAAUUAGUCCAUCAAUUACUCCAAGCAAUGGUAGUUUUGUGGCUCGUUAUGCAGUGGAGUCCAGUAGACAUUUAGCUGCUGGAAUAAUCAAAUACUGUCAAGAACUUCUUCCUGAUGGCUCCUCUUCACCCAUGCCAUCAAAUUUAGGUGUGAAAGUCAAUAGGGUUACAGGAACUGACGCAGAUAAUGUGGGCAUGGUAGCCGUUAGGGAUUUUGUUUCCGAAAUUAUCAUAUCACAAUUCAAAGCUCACAGUAGUCCUAUUUCUGCACUAUGUUUUGAUCCUAGUGGGACCCUUCUAGUUACUGCAUCGGUCUAUGGGAAUAACAUUAAUAUAUUUCGUAUAAUGCCAUCAUUCACAUGCAAGAGUUCAGGAAUUCCAAGCUCAAAUUGGAACGCUUCUCAUGUGCAUCUUUAUAAACUUCAUCGUGGAAUAACACCAGCUAUGAUUCAGGAUAUCUGUUUCAGUAACUUUAGUCAGUGGAUUGCAAUUGUCUCCUCCAAGGGUACAUGUCAUCUGUUCAUUUUAUCACCCUUUGGAGGUGAUACUGGUUUUCGAAUUAUAAGUUCUCAAGGUGAAGAACCGACCCUACUUCCAGUUUUUCCUCUACCUUGGUGGUAUACGCCGGGUUCCAUUUCUUAUCAGCAAUCUUUGCCUCCCCCAGCACCCGUUGUCCUUUUUGUGGCUAGCCGGAUAAAAUAUAGUAGUUUUGGAUGGCUUAAUACUGUUCACAAUUCUGCUGCAAAUUAUACAGGAAAAGUUUUUGUUCCAUCUGGUGCUAUCGCUGCUAUCUUUCAUAAUUCCUUAUCUCACUCGCAGCUUAACUUGAAGGAAAACCCCUUAGAGCAUAUAUUGGUAUAUACACCUUCAGGUCAUGUUGUUCAACAUGAACUUCUGCCAUCAGUUGGUUCAGAAACAAGUGAUAGUAGUUUGACAAACCAGUCGACUUCAGUCCUUCAUAUGCAGGAAGAUGAAUUCAGAGUCAAAGUUGAACCUAUUCAAUGGUGGGAUGUCUGUAGAAGGUCAGAAUGGCCAGAAAGAGGGGAUACUUGCAUCAAUACCCUUGAUAGACAAGGAAGUAUUGAGAGAGUUCAAGAGAAAACAGGUUAUAGUGACAUCCCUGGAUCGGAUUUUUUGGGUAUAAGGGAUGGGGCAGAGGAAAAGAUGAUGAAAUCUUCAAGUGAAAAUAUGCAAGAGAGGUUUCAUCGGUAUCUGUCAAAUGCAGAGGUGCAAGGCAAUUUUGGAAGGUUACCCAUAUGGCAAAAGUCUAAGAUUUGUUUCUAUUCAAUGAGUUCUGUGGGAGCUAGUUUCAGUGCUACAGGGGAGUUUGAGAUUGAAAGGGUCCCUGCUAAUGAAAUUGAAAUAAGGCAGAAGGAGCUGUUGCCUGUUUUUGACCAUUUUCAUAGUAUCAGAUCAAGCUGGAAUGAGAGAGGCCUAGCUGGGGAAAGACAUUUUAGCUCUUCGUCUCCCGUUCCGAAUCAAGGUGAUUAUAAGGAGACUGCUGAUGUGACAGUUAUUUGUCAUUCAAAGCCAGCAUCGCUGAGUUCCACUGAAAGCUCUGAUGGAGGUUCAUCAAGAAGAAUUGAAAAUCUGCUUGACUUGGAUCAAGUUGCUUCCAGUUAUCAAAUACACAAUGAGAUGUGCCUGGAAAGAAUGGGCACAAUCAAUGUUGAGCCUUCUCUAAAACAUGUCGAUUUUAAUGCUGACCUUAUUGCCAGUCCUAUAUUCCAGAUGAAAAAUAUAACUUCUGAUGGAAGAGAUUCUAUAGGUUUUGGGUUCGAAGAGAACUCGGCAUUGGUCUUAGAAGAUUCUUCACCCGAGAAUGAAUUUGUGGAAUCAAAGCAAGAUGAAGGUGUUGGGAUAUCUUUAACAGAUGAGCACUGCAAAACACAAGAACAUGAUGGAAGUGACCUGUUAACUGAAGUUGUAACUGAUGAUGUUGACAGCAGCAGUAGCCACCACGGAAAAGAACAACUGGAGGAGGAUGAAGAGAAUGAUGAAAUGUUUGGUGGUAUGUUUGCCUUUUCCGAAGAAGGUUGAUUACAAUAAUCGAGGAAUAAGUCACAGCACCUAUGAAGUCAUCUCCUCAUCUAUGCUGGCUGGAAUCAUAGCUAGGAAAUAUAAAACCAACGUAAAUAUUGUGAAUAAGAAAUGGCAAAUGAGCACCAAUUUAGUUUAUUUGCUGCUGAAUUGUGCAGUCUCGGUGGGACUCUCACACUUGUACAUUCUGUAAAUGGAAUUGAAGUAUUCAUGGGCUUGCUAACUGAGUCCUAGAGUGUGGAAAGUUAUGGGGUAAGGGGUAUUUUGAGUUUUGUAUUCACAGUCAACUUAUCAUUUAUCAAUGUCUGUAAAUAAGAAUCAGGCAUGGAAUUCCCUUGAAGUUGUGUAAAAACUAUAUUUUGAACUUGGCAAGGAGAAGAACUGAAAAAAUGUAAAAGCUAAAUUAGUAGUGUUAA